GAUAUAACCGGCGUGACGUCGUUCUGUUCGCACGAUGCGACGGAAACUGGAGUUUUCUUAGCGUCCCUGUACUGUCAGGCCUGCCAUUAUAGAUUCCUCGUCGAGACGCGACUUUCCAGAUCAGAGCAUCCAGCUCUCGUCGUGUUGCUUCUCCCGCCGAAGACGUCGUUCACCCGAACCGGGCGAUCGUGGAUUAAUGGCAAAUAUGAGCGACAGAUCAAACAACGGUGAUUACAAGUAUCAGAGAGACGAUGAGGACAAUAAAUCGAGAUUGCCGAUGAUGGACAAGGAGCAGGACAGCAAGGAGCAUCAGAUGGACAAAGCCGGCGAGCUCAUGCGCGAGUUGCUCCAGGAGAAGAUCGAGAUCAACCAGAAAUGGCCCAACGCGACCCGACUACUCGACCAAGAAAUCCAGAAGAUACAAGCUAUCGGUAAGCCGCUGAGAGAAUCAAAGUAUGUGGAUAUUUAUCGUGAGAAACCAGUUCGCAUCUGUGUCAAGGUUUUGGUACCUAUCCGUGAGCAUCCUAAGUUUAAUUUUGUCGGAAAAUUGCUGGGUCCCAAGGGUAACUCCAUGAAACGUUUGCAAGAGGAGACUAUGUGCAAGAUGGCAGUGCUGGGCAGAGGAUCCAUGAGAGACAGACAGAAGGAGGAAGAAUAUCGUGCUUCGUUAGAUCCAAAAUAUGCUCAUCUUGCUGACGACUUGCACGUGGAGAUUACUGCACUUGCGCCACCCGCAGAAGCCUACGCUCGUAUCGCUUUCGCCCUCGCUGAAGUGCGGAAGUACUUGAUCCCUGACAAUAAUGAUAAUAUACGUCAAGAACAAAUGCGAGAGAUGGAGAUGACCAUGUCUGACGAGUCAGGCACGGAAGAUCGAAGACCAGGUAUGAGAGGGCCUUCAGUCCCUGCCACUGGCGGCAUAUUGAGACCUAGUACUAGGCCGACGUUACCUAGGACAUCCAGAGCUAUUCUUCCACCGCCACCUACAAAUCGCGGACCACUCUCUCGACCUGUACCGCCCAAGACAAAAGUGUUCUCCAUUUUGGAUCGUGCGAGAGCUGCCAUGGAUCAGAGUUACGGCUAUGAAAGUCCAACUCCUCCGCCAAGCAAUCGCGUCGGGUCGCAUCACGACUAUGAUUACCAUUCAAGUUCGACUAGCACUACUAGGUAUGGUGAUCGUCAUUAUUCAUCGAGCUCUGGAGAUGACAUGUAUCCUUCUUCAAGAUACACGACUUAUGAAUACGACGAUGAUUCCGGUCCGCACUCUUCUCAUGAUUAUUAUGAAUCAUCAGAUUAUCCAGAGGAAUCAUCGAGCCGUGCAUGGAAAUCGUACAAGACCACAACGACGUCGGGCACAGCCUCGCGCUACCGCACCGCCCCGUAUACUCGACCUUCCAACGCUAAUCCGUUGGCGAGUAACCCUCCUAAUGCACGGCGGCCUAUGAUGCCUACGAUGCAGAAACCGGUAAACGAAAGAAAUCGCCCAUAAACGGUCGAAGAGGCACGGGGACUAACACACGAUUAAAAUGAUGAGUUCUCGCGGGCGCUGGAUAAAGGAGAGCACAUAAAAAGAAACUAAUUCCUGUUUAAAACAAGCGAAUUCUACGAGGUGUCCGAUAAUUGACACGAUACCGUGCGUGAGCAUAGGGUAGAACGCGUUGAAAUGAAUGGCAAAGUGUUGUACCGUUUUGCGAUUUUUGCGAUAGUUGUCAAAAAUUGAUUGAUGAAGAUUGACGAAAGUCAAUCGACGAAACAGGUAGAAGGAGUAUUGUAGGCAUGGCUGCACACACACACACAGUAGGCAGAUUAAAAGUUGUUUUCUUCGAUGAAUUUCGUAACGCAUAUCGUAUCUAAUAAGAAAACGUAUCUUUAAGAGAAGUUUUAAAAAAACAUUCUCGUUUUGGAUACGGACAUUGGAUUGCGAAAUUUAUUCAAAAGAAAGUGUUGCAACUUUGAAUCUACCUAUUGUGUGUACUUAACGAACAAGUUUCCACGUUACGCGUUAUCUUUGAAAGCCGACAUUGAUAGAUGGAUUAUUUGAUUGAGGAUUUCAAUAAAUUUCUACACUUUAGUUACACCAUUUGGUAUAUGUCUUGCAGUAAUACAUCUUUUAGUGCAUCUAUCUCAGUGCACUCCUCUCAGUGUAUAUCUUGAUUCUGAGCUCGAUUAAAUAUUCCAAGAAAUUAAAUGCAUUUCUAACAGAUGACUACGAUCUUGGACACACGCAGUUUAUUCAUGAAUAUAAUUGAGUGAAUGAUCGAUCGAAUGAUUUAUUGAGAAUAGUUCGCAGCUUCGCGUUGCUAAAGCCGCGUGUAUAGUAUUCCUUAUUACUCAAUCAUUCUUAAUUAACUUUUUAACAACUACCGUGAAAGUCGCAAAACGGUGCUGUUUUCUGCUUCUUUUAUCUGCUCACGAAUGGUGUCGUAUUAAUUAUCUGACACCCUACUAUGCAUACUAUAAUACUAUUACUAUAGUAAUUGUUACUAUGUGCGGCUAAUCACGCGUAAAAGUUUAUUUCGUUGAGAACCCUUUAAUCGAUUUAAACUCCCGUCCCAUUAAUGAUAUCAAUACCCGAAUUACCAACUACAAUAACUCACUAAUUUCUCUAUAAAAGCCCCUUUCUCCGACCCUAGAAUCCCCUUCCUAAAAUUUCUGACCACGGAGGGAUUAAACUAUUGACAAGGAGUAAAGGAUCAAGAGGAUCAACGGGAUAAAAUAUAUAAAACGUUGUGACAAGCAAUAAAUACAUCAAUAUGUAAAAGUGAAAUAACUGCUACUAGAUUACAUUAUAUAUUCGUGUAUUUGAUUACACUCACUGAUCGUAGUAUCGUCGUCUGUUAGAAAUGUACUUAAUUUCUUCGGAUACUUUUGAUCGAACUAAACAAGAUCGAAACACGUUAAAAUUCCACGAAUCUCCGAUCAAAUGACCCACUGUGUUGAGGAAACACAACCGUUGAGUGAGUGCUUACCGUCAUCCGGAUAUUCUUUUAGAUUUCAAAAUCUAAAGGAACACCUCGAUCAAAGGCGAUAAUCGCUCAACUGUUGCACAACCGUGGUGUUUUCUGAACGCACCCUGCGUUGUGAAGAGGGGAGCAUAGCUCUCGAGAAACUCGUCUGUUGAAAUAUAUUCGAUAAAAUGCUAUUGUAUCGUUAAAUGAAACAAACUAAAUGACUAAAAUGACUUACAAUGCAAACUAAGUUCAUAAACUGAUCAUAAAUCAAUGAUAUAAGUUGAUGAAAUAGCUCUAAUCAGCUCUAAUAUACAGCGCUAUGUUAUUUGCUUAAUAUACAUAGUCCCAGUCAUAAAACAUAAUAUAUAGAUUUACGCGCGUAAAGAGUUAUUAAUCGCGUUACAUAAGCUGCGUUCCGAUAUUCACCGCCAAUAUUGAAAAUUUAUAGUAUAUAUAAAAUGAACUAUAGAUUUUUCAUUACUGAUAGUGCAUAUCGGAACGCAGCUGUAGAGUAUUUCGAAUCACGACAAAUCAUAGAUGUUUAUAACUGAUAAUUUUUCGUAUAAACAAAAAAAGCAUUGGAUAUGAUCUCUAAACAAAUCUGCGGUUAAAAUAAUAAUACAUUCAUUCAUGUACAUGUUUGUAACCAUCAUAAAUUGAAAUAAAUAUGACGUAAUAACAGGA